AUAACCAUAUCGCAGGCAUGUAGAACAUCUAGAACGGUUUUUCACCAUUUUGAUUAACGCAGUUUUACUUGUGUUAUCAUUAAAAGCACAGUUUUUCACCAAAUUUUACAAACGAUUUAAUUAUAGUAGAACCACCCCCAAAAAUAAGUUCAAAUACCUUGAUCUUCUGAAGAGCCUCGGUCGCUCCAAAACUCCAAAAUGUACAGCUCCCUGGCAAAUUUAUUCAAAGACUCUCAGGCCACAUCCGACGACAUCAACCUCCUCCUCUUGGGCGAAACCGGGGUCGGAAAAUCCACCCUGAUCAACUCCAUUUCGAACUACUUGAACUACCCCGACUUCAAAGAAGCCCAAAAAGGGAACAUCGACAUUUUAAUCCCGAUGUGUUUGAACGUGGCCGACGUCAGCAAAGUUUUCGGGAACGUUGACGACAACGAGCUCCUCGAAGACGGCAAAUCCGCCACUCAGCACGUCAAGCUUUACCUAUUCCCGAUCAAACUCGGCAGCCAAACUUUCAAGUUGCGCUUGAUUGACACGCCGGGGGUUGGAGAUCCCAGAGGAACCGAUCAGGACAACGUCAAUCUGGACAACAUCCUGGCGUACUUGGCCACGCUGAAGAAACUCCACGCGAUUUGCUUUGUUUUGAAGUCGAAUCAGACGAGAUUUACUAAGUUCGUGGAGUAUUGUCUGAAGCAGAUUUUGACACGAUUGGAUAAGAGCGCCAGUCGGAAUAUUAUUUUUAUUACUACUUAUAGUAAGGCGGCGGGUUAUACAGCUGGAGAGACUAAGACGAAUUGUUUAAUGCCACUGGUUAACGAUAUACAGUCGAGACCCCCACACGUGAGUAUUCCUUUGAGCGACAGCAACAUUUUUGCUUUGGACAACGAGGCUUUUAAGGCCUUGUUGGCGAUUCAGGAGGGGAAAAAAUACAGCAAACAUGAGUUGGACGGGUUUGUUUACAGCUGGGAGGUUUCGUCGAAGGAAAUUCACCGUCUGUUGGCGUACAUUAUUGGAGAUAUCGAGAACGCGGCGUUGAACCCACACGAAGUCGAAAACACAAUCAGUAUCAACGAAGUCAGGUUUCUCGUAGAACAACUCACGACUCCUAUUGCUGAAGUGUCAGCACUUUUACAAGACAAUAUUAGAAUACUUGACAGGCACAAAAAAAGUCUGAGUGAAGACGACCAGACUCUUGAACAACUGAAAAAGCAGCUGCACAUACCCUGCGUUGAUCUAAAAGUGAAAAAUCUGACUCAACCUGUGACUGUUUGUACGGACGCUAAAUGUGCAGACGUCGUGAAGGUCAAGCAAAUCACCCAGUGGCACUACAAACAAAGAUGCCAUAACCCUUGUUUACUAAAUGGGAUUCCUAGAGAAAUGAUCGGAGAUCCAGGACUAAUCAAGUGUGACGCCAUGGCGGGACAAGAAACGUGCCAGCAGUGCGGCUGUCACUGGAAACUCCACAUGCACAUCUACAAAGAAACCGAGAAAGUCCAAACCCAGCAAGAAGACCAACACGUGAAAAACCAAAUCCAAACCAAGCAAGAUGCUCGCGUUCAAAUACAAAAACUAAUGAAAGAUAUCAACACACGCAUGACAGAACUGGAAGCAGAAAGCGAAACCAUUUCGAAAAUCGUCGCCAAGUUUUCGUACUUCUUGCAAGAACACGCGCUGACGCCCUUCAAUGACGCCUACAGCGACUACAUCGAGCAGCUCCUCAAAAAUGAGAGGUAUUUGGGAAAGUUCGCCGAUCAGGAUGUCGUCACCAAGCUCGAGAAACUCCUCACCCGGCACCAACACCUGCAAAAAAUUUUCCAAGAUGGUGCGAAAAAUGUCCAAGCGGGAGAAACAAGUAACGAUUUGAGGCUUCAAGGAAUCAAAGAUAGUAUCUCGGAGCUCUACACUUUGAAACACAUGGGGAAGACCAUACAAGAACUCAUAGAAAAAUCAAGCACUUGUCGUCAGAAGGAAACGCAGAAGAAUUUCAGUUGCAAAGUCGCGCAAGAAAUCGUCUUGGACAAGAAAAUCGCCGAAGAAGAAAAUGAGAGUCUUUACGUACCUUCCUAUUCGGUAAUAUACACUUUCAAAUCUGACGAUUUAGAAGACGAUCGAUCGGCGACACCCACCACGAAUUUUCGACGUUCUGGUGAUUCAUCAAGAAAUCCCAAAGGCUUCGAAAAUCAUCAAGAGCCUAAUUCUAUGCAAAACGCACGACGAUCAUCUUCGCAGAAUCGUUUUGACCAUUCACGAGGAUAUGACAUAGAAUACAGUGGGACCAGACCUACAACCCAACACUCUAGAAAUUUCGAUCGUGAGCCUGCAACAUUACGAAGAAUAAACUCAAUGUCACAACAUGACUCACGUAGGUAUGUCAACUAUCGUCAACACCACCAAGUGCGUGAAAAUCCCGAAAAUAUUUCUCCUCGUCAAUCACACAGAAGCCACCAUAGAAUGGACAAUUCACCUAGACGUUACCGUCGCGGUAGCGAAAGCUAUGAUUCAGAUGGUGGUCAUUCCAUUACAUCUUUUAGCAGCAGAAGAAGCGUCAGUCGAUCUAGAGAUAGACCUGAGAAACAAUCAAGGCAUAGAACACACCAUAAUGUAGAAGACUCGCCUAGGCAUCGUCACCAUAGAAGCGAUUAUUAUUCCGAUCACCUUGUUCCUGGAAAAUCGUCCAGAAAGAACUACGUUGACAAAAGUAGCCGUUCUAGGAACGAAAACAAAUCCGACUUUGAAAGUUGUCCUUCAGAUAGAUCGGUUGACAGCGGAGGUAGCGUUGAAAUGUCUAGGAACCGAAGAGACUAUAAGAAGUCCAGUCGUACAAAACAUAAGUCUUCUCGUGGUUCGGGAGAUGCAGAAGAGGACUACGAUACAAGAAUUGAAAAGAAGUCGAAACAUAGAUCACACAAAGACUCAUCUAGGACUCAUCGCCGUAGAAGCGAAAGUGAAAAUUACGGUUCAGAUGAGAGUCCUUCUAGCAAAAACACGGUUAGACAAUCUAGGAACGGAAGAGGGUCUAAAUCUUCUAGUAUAAAUUACGAUUCAGAGGAUGAUCGUCCUACUACGUCUUCCAAAAGCCGUCACAGGAAACACGGGACAUCUAGUUUCGUUGAUGAACGUAAGGAAUCGGAUGAUUCGCAAUCUAGAAAAGGACGUAGUUCCAAAAAAGGAAAGUCUAGAAGUCGGAAGAAUUCAGUCUAAAGGAUCAGGAAAUCGAUGAAUUUGGUGAAAACGAGUGCGAUUUUUAAACUUUACGUGAUUAGAUCUGAAGUUUAAAAUGCAUUAGUAAUAAAUAAUAACUGAGCUUAAA